AUAAUAAUUUUAGUAGUACUGUGAAUAAAUUGAAAUUAGAUAAUCUGGAAUUUUUUGAUAUAUCACCUGAAUUAAAUAAUAAAAAAGGAAUAUUAAUAGCUACAUAUGAACAAGGAAGUAAAGGAAAUCCAUCUAUUUUUAAAAUAUUCCAUAUUGAUAAUUUAAAUAAACAUAUAUAUUCAAAAAACUUUUUUAAUUCAGAUGAAAUAAAACUUAAGUGGAAUAAAAAUGGAAGUUCAUUAUUAUUACAAAUACAUACACAAGUAGACAAAGAAAAGCAAUCUUAUUAUGGUUCAAGCAAUUUAUAUUUUAUUGAUACAGUAACAUUAAAGGAUGUAAAUGUUAUGACAAAUAAAGGAUUAAUAUAUGAUACUAUAUGGUCAAAUAAUCAAAAUAAGUUUUAUGUAUGUAAAGGUGAAAUUCCAGCAGAAAUUGUUCUACAUGAUAAAAAUGGAAAUGUCUCACAUUCAUAUGGAAGACAUAAAUUUAAUACACUCAAAUUAAAUUAUAAUGAAAAAUUAUUAUUAACAGGAGGAUUUGGAAACUUAAGUGGAGAUAUAUCUAUUUGGAAUACCUCAACCAAAAAAGAAAUAACAAAAACGAAAUCAUCAUGUGCAGUCAUAUGUGAAUUUUUUAAUGAUGGUAAACAUUUCUUAACAGCUACAACACAUCCAAGAUUAAGAGUUGAUAAUAAUUUGAAAAUAUUUAAAUAUAAUGGUUUAAUUGUUAGUAGAAUUAAUUUUGAAGAAUUAUAUAAUGUCAUUAUUUUACCAUUUAAUAAAAUUAAAUUUCAAGAACCAGAGGAACCUAUAGAUAUCAAUUUAGAGCAUACUACUUUACAACCAUAUAUUAAUAAACAACUAGGUAUUGAUUCCAAAAAAACAGGUAUAUAUAGAGCACCAAGAUCUACAGGUCUAGUUAACUUAAAUGGAUAUCUAUCUUCAAAACUUCCAGAUAGGGAAAAAUCUUCUUUACCUCCUGGAUGUAAUUUUGUUAAUGAAAGCAAAAAUUAUAAUAAAAAGAAAAAAAAAAAAAGAAGUUCAAAAAGUAAACAAAAGAGAGAGACAUUCUAA